AUGACUCUUUUCAUCAUCUAUAAAUACAUAUUUGAUUGAGUUCAAAAGCAACUCAACUCUUCAUUCUUCUCAUAUCAAGGUGUUUUGAGAUCUUCUAGUAAACAUUUUUGGGUCUUGUAUUUAUUGUAUCCAAAUAUAAAUAUGAGAAUUCUUCAGCUUCUCCGACGAGCUUCCAAGGAAGGAGUGGCAGUAGUUCCAAAGGGCUACUGUGCGGUUUAUGUUGGAGAGAUUCAAAAGAAGCGUUUUGUCAUUCCUGUAACUUACUUGAACCAACCAUGUUUUCAGGUCUUGCUUAGUCAAGCUGAAGAAGAAUUUGGUUAUUAUCAUCCUAUGGGUGGUCUUACCAUUCAGUGCAGAGAAGAUAUCUUCACCAAUCUCAUUUCUCAGUUAAAUAGGCCGUGAGAGGCACUGACAUGAUUGUAACAUACAAUCUUUUUUUUAGAUUAGGAAUAUUAGACAUGAUCAGAUCCAUGCACUUCGUUUUUCCUUUUUGAAACUUGCUCCAAUUUUUGUUUCCUUCCAUGGGAAGAUGUUUCCCUACACAAGGAAAUUGUCACUGGUGUCAUUUUACUGGGAAUCUAAGGGCAUGUUUGAUCA